CAACAGUCGCAACUGGCAACUGGCAACUUGCACUGCAAGAUGGGAUCUUUCAUUGUUGUUCUACUGGUGGCUCUGGCCUGGGCUGGGCCGGCUUUGGGUCGCACCAUGGACCGCUGCUCGCUGGCCCGCGAGAUGGCCAAGCUGGGCGUGCCGCGGGAUCAGCUGAACAAGUGGACCUGCAUUGCGGAGCACGAGAGCUCCUAUCGCACCGGCGUGGUGGGUCCAUCCAACUCGGAUGGCUCCAAUGACUACGGCAUCUUCCAGAUCAACGAUCGCUAUUGGUGCCAGCCGCCCAAUGGCAAGAAGUCGAGCAACGGCUGCGGCGUCAGCUGCAAGGCUCUGCUCACGGAUGAUAUCACCAGGUCGGUCAGGUGCGCUCAGAAGGUGCUCAGCCAGCAGGGCUGGCAGGCCUGGUCCACCUGGAAGUACUGCAGCGGCAAGCUGCCCAGCAUUGAUCCCUGCUUCAAAUAAGAUCUAGGAUUUGUGCCAUAAAUAAAGCAUGGCAAGCUCUGGGCUUGUAUAAUA